AUGACGGUAGAGGGGUUGGUUCAGGUUUACAACGAGGACGAUAAAGACACGCUCCAAAAAGACUAUGAAACCCUGCUGCUCCACUUAUGGAUGGCAGUUCACACCACCUUUAGUUCCACACCCUCAGGAGAACACCUAGAGAUACUUCGGAGUGCGGUGGAAACCAUAACGCUGCUGGAAGAGAAGGACCAGCAAUGGGAAGGGCGGCCCGAGGGCAGCAGCGAGGCCCCCGUGUGGCGGCCACACCAGUGCCGGCUCACUCACGACACCCUGCUUGAAAAAAUGGUGGAAUCUCGAAUGAGGAAUGCGGCAGUGGAGGAGGACAAUAUUAGCGUUAGCAGUGUGGACAGCCUGUCAACGUCCAUGAAAAGGGAGGUAUGUAGGAUGGGCAAGUGUCUGAAGGAGGACGUUCUCAGGAUUACAAGUGAUGUGAGGGACUGCUACCCCCUAGACUUUGACGUGUGCAACUUGUACGUGAGACUUUACCAUCAGAAGUUCUCAGCAAGGUUAACGGAACUGGCCCGCUCUGGGCUCGAUGUGGAUGACUGUAACUACCUCCUCUGCUAUGUGAAUAAUUACUAUCCAAAUGACAUCUUAAAACACAAAGACCUUGAGGGGCACAUCAACAUGGAGUCUUUGGGAACUCUUUUAUCUGAGAAGGAUCUCACAACAUUGGAGGAGCAGUAUCUACUACAAAAAGAGAGUAAACUCAGGACCUGGUUCUCCAAUGCGCUCAGUAAGGAGGAGGAGGGUUGGCUCAGUGGAAAGAGUCCAGAACUCAUUGAUGGGUACUGCUUCUGUCCUCUGGCCAUUGACAUCAUACAGGCUGUUGAUGGGGCCAUGAGAGAGGCCAGGACUAUUCUGGGCAGUGAGGCUAAAGCCCAGAGAAUCCUGCGUCAGCUGGACAGCUUCUUGAUAAGAGACUUCAUAGUGAGAAGAGAUGAGUCAAUCCCAGAAGAGACCAAGACAAGCUGUAUGUCCACAUUGGCAAACCUGAGAGACUGUGGCUACGGAUACUUCACCGGCCCCAUACAUGAGGAGCUCAGGGUGCAGUACCAUAGGCUGUGGACGCAGGCCUGGUUUACUGGGGGUCAGAUGGUACUGGAUGAAGUUCUGGGGACACUGGACAGACACAUGCAGCAAUUCACAGACCUCAAACCCAUCUGUAUGGAGGAGCUGCUGGGCCGGCUCCACGUGGAGAUGAUGGUGGAGUAUGUGAAGAGGAUGAUGAAGAGGAAGAUGAGGCUGAAGAACAAGGAGCAGCAGGAGGCAGCAGCCAAUUUACUGGCUGAAGACAGCAGCAAACUGAGCACCUACUUUACUGAAGCGGGGUCCAAAAUAAGCUGGCUGAGUGAGGUCCUCCCUAAAAUGGCGGAGGUGGUCAGACUGCAGGACCCAGGAAGCAUCCAGCUGGAGAUCGUCACCCUGGCUAGGGACUUCCCAGACCUUAGUUGGAGACAUAUUUCGGCUCUGCUUUCCCUCAAAGCCAACCUAUCCACGGCUGAUGUCCGAGGUAUCAAAGAGAGCCUGGUAGAGAACCGGCCCACGGUCACCACCUUCAAAACCAUCCCACCAUUCUUCUCCAAGGUCCCAGCGGGCAAAACUUGGUACAUGUGCAGACCAGCGUGCAUCUGUUAUGGGGGAAGGGGGUUUUCAAGCCAGGAUUAG